CCGCCGCCGCCGCCGCCGCCGCCGCCUCCGCCGCCUCCGCCUCCGCCGCCUCCGCCUCCGCCUCCCAGCCUCCGCCAUGGACCUGUUCGGGGACCUGCCGGAGCCCGAGCGCUCGCCGCGCCCGGCUGCGGGGAAAGAAGCUCAGAAAGGAUCUCUGCUCUUUGAUGAUCUCCCUCCGGCCAGCAGUACUGACUCAGGAUCGGGGGGACCUUUGCUUUUUGAUGAUCUCCCACCAGCCAGCAGUGGUGAUUCAGGUUCUCUUGACACUUCGAUAUCCCAGGUGGUAAAGAAUGAAGGGAAAGGAGCAAAGAGAAAAACCUCUGAAGAAGAGAAGAAUGGCAGUGAAGAGCUUGUGGAAAAGAAAGUUUGUAAAGGCUCUUCGGUGAUCUUUGGUUUGAAAGGCUAUGUAGCUGAGCGGAAGGGCGAGCGGGAGGAGAUGCAGGACGCCCAUGUCAUCCUGAAUGACAUCACCGAGGAGUGUAGGCCCCCCUCCUCCCUCAUUACCCGGGUUUCAUAUUUUGCUGUUUUCGAUGGACAUGGAGGAAUUCGAGCCUCAAAAUUUGCUGCACAGAAUUUGCAUCAGAACUUAAUCAGGAAAUUUCCUAAAGGAGAUGUAAUCAGUGUAGAGAAAACCGUGAAAAGAUGCCUCUUGGACACUUUCAAGCAUACUGAUGAAGAAUUCCUGAAGCAAGCUUCAAGCCAGAAGCCUGCCUGGAAAGAUGGGUCCACUGCUACCUGUGUUCUGGCUGUAGACAACAUUCUUUAUAUUGCCAACCUCGGAGAUAGUCGGGCAAUCCUGUGUCGUUACAAUGAGGAGAGUCAAAAACAUGCAGCCUUAAGCCUCAGCAAGGAGCAUAAUCCAACCCAGUAUGAAGAACGAAUGAGAAUACAGAAGGCUGGAGGGAAUGUCAGGGACGGGCGUGUCCUGGGUGUGCUGGAGGUGUCCCGCUCCAUUGGGGAUGGGCAGUACAAGCGCUGUGGGGUCACUUCUGUGCCAGAUAUCAGACGCUGCCAGCUGACCCCCAACGACAGGUUUAUUUUGCUGGCCUGUGAUGGCCUCUUCAAGGUCUUUAACCCAGAAGAAGCCGUGAACUUCAUCUUGUCCUGCCUUGAGGAUGAGAAGAUCCAGAGCCGAGAAGGGAAGCCCGCCGUGGACGCCCGCUACGAAGCCGCCUGCAACAGGCUGGCCAACAAGGCGGUGCAGCGGGGCUCGGCGGACAAUGUCACCGUGAUGGUGGUGCGGAUAGGGCACUGAGGUGCUGCGGGCCGGGGCGCAGCGUGGUGUUCACUUCCAAUGUUCACUUUGUGUGUUGUGCACAUUAUGUGUUUCGUGUACUCCUGUGGGAUUCCCAUGGUUGUAAAUAAAGGUUUCGUUUUUUUUUUCUAGA